CUGUAUGUCCGGAAGUCGGGAUUUGUUUGUCCGGGAACUCUGCGGCUCUGGAAACUCACAGACUCCGUUUAAGCUGAAUAAGAAUGAGCGCGCGCUGUCACACUGAGGGUCAAGAUCUGGUCUGGGAGCUCGUUGUGAGAGCUGGUAGAGCAGCAACAGCAUAUUCAGGACUUCAUGUUCUUCAGCACUCACAGAGAUGAAGGCAGUGACUCUGAUUCAGUCUGACCCAAAGGCCAAAAUGGAUUCCAGCUGUACCGGCCCAAACCUGGCAAUACAGAAAAGUGUGGAGAACCGGAUUCUGGCCCAGGCCUCCUCCCUUCUGCCCCAAACCUGUUGGGCAACAUCAGACUCCUCCAUUUCCUCCUGUCCUGCUCUUCAGCCUUCUGCCCUCUCCUCCACCUCCACCUCUUCUCCCCUCCUCUUCUCCACCCCCAGCUCCUCCCAUCUUCUUUCCUCCACCCCCAGCUCCUCUCACCUUCUUUCCUCCACCCCCAGCUCCUCCCAUCUUCUUUCCUCCACCUCCAGCUCCUCUCGUCUUCUCUCCUCCAUCUCCAUCUCUUCUACUCUCCUGUCCAGCUCCUCCCAUCUUCUCUCCUCCUCUUCCGCCCUGCUUUCCUCCCCUCUCCUCAGCACUGAGAACACCCAGCUGAAGCAGGCCCCCCUCAUCCUCUCCUCCUCUCUCUGCCCUCCUCACUCCGCCAGCCCUCUGCCCCACAGCACUGUUGGUGGUCAGUCUCCUGUUUACUCUGCUGCUGUUCCUCCUCCAGAGCAGAUGAGUGUUGCUACCAGAAAGAGAAAAAUCGAGCCUGCCUGUCUGAGUCCUUCUGAGGCUGCAUCUUACUACGAGGAGCUGGACGAGGACUUGGAGGAGUUUGAGGAGGAGGUGGAGAUGGACACAGCGCUGCCUUCAGAGCUGCCGGAGCUGGAUCUGAAACUGAGUGAUGAAGAGGAGAAGCUGACAGUUGAUCUCAGUGAAGAGUUUGCUGUCCUCGUCACACAUGUGGACAGAAAAGCAGAGUUAUUGAAGGAACAGAAGAACCUUCUGCUGAAUGUGGUUUGCUGCUCUUUGGUGAAUAAGAGCAGAGCUCCGGAUCAGAACGACUGGAAAGAUAAAGGGAGCGCGUGGACGAAGUUAAAAAGCAUAGGCACAGCGAUCACUCUCGCUGACCCGGAGUUCAUCCUCAAGGUGGCCGUCUACACCAGACAGGAGCUGAACAUCCGUAUAACCGCCAACUUCCUGUUGGCCCUGGCAGCCCACCUGCCUGAGUCUAAACCCCACCUGAGGAGGUACUUCGGUGCUGCGGUUCAGCUGCCAUCUGACUGGCUGGAAGUGACCAGGAUCUACAGCGUGUGUUUCAGCUCGUCUCUCCCCUCGUGUCUGAAGAAAGCUCUGGUGGACAAAUUUAAGCAGUUCAGCGAGUAUCAGCUGGCCAAGUACAACACACGCAAACACCGCUGCAAACACAACAAGAAGAAACGCAAAGUGGAGGAGCCGUCUGCUGAGCAGUGGGAGAAGUGGGCUAAUCUCGUCAGAUCAGACACAGAAGGGCUGAAAAAAUUUAUGGAGAUGUCCAAGCGUCGAGUAGUGGAUAAGAAACAGAAGGAGUUUAACAUGAAGAAGCUGAUAAAACAUCUCCAUAUCAAGCAGCCUGCUGAGAUGGUCAUGAGCAUUCUGGGGAAGAGGUACCCGGCUGAUUUGAGGGCGUUUGUGCGCAGUGGUCUGAGUGGUGUGUGGCAGAGCGAACGAGCUGGUCAGCGAAUGAAGCUCAAGCAGCUGAACACCUGGGAGACCAGACUGAGUCUGGAGGGAAACAAUGCUGCUGUGUGGGAAAAACUCAUAGAUGAUAACUCUCUGCCCUUCAUGGCCAUGCUGAGGAACCUGAGGAACAUGAUCACGCAGGGCAUCAGCGACAAGCACCACGAGCGGAUCCUGAAAAGACUGACCUCUAAGAAUGCUGUGAUCCAGAGCCGGCAGUUUCCUUUCCGCUUCCUGUCUGCGUAUAAAGUGAUUCUGGAGCUCAACAGGUUUGUCAGUGGUCCUGUGAAGCAGCUGGCCAGCAGUAAGGACAUUUUGCGGGGAAUUCUGAAAAGGAUUCCGAAGUGCAGGCGUUACAGGCGGUACAACUGGGAUGUAGCCGGCCGGAAGAGACUCCGAGCGGCUCUGGGGGUGCCGUUCGUCCACAGCCUGUACAACAUGAAACGCAAACUACAGCACAAAGCAAGAGUGAAGAAGUACACCCCGGAGCUGCUGGAGCGCUAUCGUCAGGCUCUGGAGAAAGCUGUGCAGAUUUCCUGCAGAUACAACGUCCCUCCUUUGUCUGGACGCACGCUCAUCGUCUUCACAAACAAUUGGAUGGUGGGCCGUGAAUGGAAAGGAGCUGAAGACAUCUGCAUGCCUCCAGGUGUUUCAGACAGCACAGACAACACAAGCCUUUCAGCUUCGCCUCAGGAAGCGGCUCUGCUGUUAGCCAUGAUGAUCAGCUACUGCUGUGAGCAGCCGCUCUUCCUGUUAGCUGACAGCAAAGGCAUGCAGGAGGUCAAGCUCAAGUCUGACGUGUUCCUGGAGAACGUGAAGCAUGUGAUGAAGCAGCUUUCGGAUUCAUCCAGUUCAUCUGAGAAGAUUCCACACAGCAGCUUCUUCUGCAAGCUGCUUGAAGAGAAAACAAAGGUGGAUAAUAUAAUGAUGCUGAAUGAUUGCUACACUGACUGGUUUGUGAGUGAAGAAAUUAAAAAGUACAGGAAGGAAACCAGCAAUGACCCUUUACUGGUCAACAUAUUACUGAGAGGAUUUAAUCCUCCCAAUCCUGAAGAUCCCAGAAGUUUCUGUCUGUGUGGCUUUAGUGAACAGAUCCUCAGGUUUAUUUCAGAGAGAGGGUCCUCCAGGCUCCUGGACCACUUGGAGCAAAUUGACAAGCUACACAACAUCCCUCCACCAGCAGGAGGCGCUGCUAAGCCCAAGAGAGCAGCUGACAUCGUCCCAUUGCCCGCCGCGCCCAAACUCAGGUGGCGUGGAGUGCGUGUUUUCAUCUCCUCUACAUUUCGGGACAUGCACGCUGAGAGGGACGUCCUGGUGCGGAGCGUAUUCCCGGAGCUGCGGCGGCGCGUGGCUCCACACUGCCUCUACCUGCAGGAGGUGGAGCUACGCUGGGGCGUCACCGAGGAGGAGUCCAACCAGGCCACUCAGCUCUGUCUGUCCGAGGUGUGCCGCAGCCAGCUGCUGCUCGGCAUUCUGGGAGAGAGAUACGGGCAGGUGCCGUCUCAGCCUACACUGCCUAACCUUCCUCAGCACAACUGGGGAGGAAACCCACACCAGCAGGAUCUCACAUUCACAUACAGUCGUACAGUCAGAUUUCACCUUACAGCGAGACUGAACUCAGCCCCCGCUGGCCUGUCAGUCACAGAGAUGGAGAUUCGUCAGUUUCAGGCUCUGUAUCCAGACUCCGCUCAGAGCCGGAUGUUUUUCUACUUCAGGUCACCUCACCUGGUCAGCUCCGUUCCCGCAGCCUGGAGAGGAGAUUUUGUGUCUGAGUCCAGCGAAUCUGCAGCCAAGAUGAACGAGAUGAAAAGAUGGAUCCGGAACAAUCAGUUCAAGAUCACAGAAAAUUACCCAUGUGAGUGGGGUGGUGUUGUGGAUGGUCGGCCGUAUGUUAAAGGUCUGGAGGACUUCGCAAGAGCAGUGAUGGAGGAUCUGUGGGCGGCCUUACAGAAACUAUAUGUGGAGGAAGAAGAUGAGGCUGAUCUGACGUCGGAGAUUCACGAACAGGAGGUGCAUCAGGAUGCCCAGCAGCGUCGCUUCCAUGGCAGAGGGAAGCUGAUUUCCGCUGCAAUAGAGAAAGUCCAAGAGUGUCAGCAAAAAGGAGGAAUACUGUUGGUGGAGGGAGCUCAUGGAGAAGGCAAGACUGCAUUCAUGGCUGGCCUGGCUCAUGCCCUCAGGACUCCGGGCAAGUAUAGAAAAGGGCCAGUUUGUGAUGUCAUAUCCUAUUCCACAGCCGCUAGCCAAGCAGCUUCCGGUGUAGAACACCUGCUACGCUGCCUUGUCCAAUGGCUGAGGAGGAAGAAGGAGCAGGUGGAGGAGCUAUCUACCAGUGCACCUUACAGAGACCUGCUGUCAGAGUUUCUCUCACGCAUCACUGAGCCCAGGAAAGGCCAUGCCUUAGCCUUGCUAGUUGAUGGGGCAGAUCUUGUUCACGAUGCUAGAGGUCAAGGAGUUUCCGAAUGGAUCCCAGAACGCCUUCCCAAAGGAUUCUGUCUGAUCCUGAGUGUCACCAAAUAUUCAGCCCUUCAGACCACCAUCCGCAAAAAGAAGGGCUCUGCUGUGUUUCCGUUAGGGCAGUUGCCUCUGCCGGACAGGAGGGAGAUUGUCCAGAAGGAGCUGAGUGUUUACGGAAAGAAACUGAGUGACUCUGCAUUUAAUAACCAGCUUCAGACACUGCUGAUGAAGAAAGGAGCCGCGAGUCCGCUCUACCUGCACUUGGCCUGCGAGGAGCUCAGGAGUUACGCCUCCUUUGAAACGAUGAAGGAGAAUCUGCAGACUCUUCCUCAAUCUCUGUGUGAGUUGGUGAAGCACAGUCUGCUCAGGCUGCAGGCUCAGUACGAGGCAGCGGGCCUGGACUGGACACUGGGAGCGCUGACCAUCAGCUCCACUGGUCUGAGGGAACGAGAUCUGUACGCUCUGCUGAACCUGUGCAGUGACCUCAACUCCACUCCGGACCCACUGACCUGGCAGAAGGCCCUGAAACUCGCCAGAAAACCCAGGAGCCGAAUGCCCAUGGCUGCCUUCUCCCAGCUGGCACAGCAUUUACAGGGUUUAAUCUGUCCAUCUGUCUCUCGUGAGCCGGACGAGCCCCUGACUCUGACCAUCCCGGAUGUGAGGUCAGCUUUUGAGCAGCUCUACCUUUCCACCGAGGAGGACAGAGCCAGAGCGCACCUGAUAUUGGCAGUUCUCCUCUGGGUGCAGUCGGACCCUCAUGGUAAAGACACGUUUCUUCACUGUGACGCUGACACUCUGGUUCAUCUGCCUGCCCAUCUGAUGCUCAGUGGUCAGUGGCAGCCUUUGCAUUUCCUGCUUUCCAGUUACUAUUUCCUGUUUUCUAACGUGCGCCAUGGAGCCCUGCACCCACUACUGGAAACCUACAUCCAGUUUGAGAAGAGAAUCGAAGCUGACCAGCAGAACUGGACUGAGCCAUCAGGUGAUUUAAAUGAGCUUCAGGCCUGUCACUCUUUCCUGAAACGCCACGCCCCCCUCCUCUCCCAUUGGCCGGCUCUGUUUGUGCAGCAGGCUCUGAACGAAGCCGCUGACUCAUCAGCUCACACCUGGGCUCAGAAGCUGGUGGAGGAGGGAGGAGUUAAUGUGGUCAGGAAGCUGAGCUACACCGAAGAGCUUCAGCGAGAGACGGGUGAGGUGGUGUCCACCUUCCAGUGGGGUCCGUCCUGCAUGGCUCUGAGCCCUGGUGGGGGGUGUGUAGCGGUGGGCACAGAGCAAGGAACUCUACACUUCAUCCACAUGCACACAAACCAGGAAGUGAAAUCGCUGGUUAGUAACUGUGACGGCAUCUCCAGCUGCAUGUUUCUGGAUGAAGGUGUUCUGGGCACCAUGUCCUACGAUGGUCAGGUGGAGCUGUGGGACAUCAACAGUGGCUGCAGGACGGCCCGUCUGACUGCCCACUCCAACAGAAUCACAGGGUGUGACGUCAGCUCGGACAAGAAGCACUUCGCCACCGUCUCAUUGGACUCCAAUCUGAAGAUAUGGUCCUCUCAGAAGGGGAAGCAGGUGGUGUCUCUGCUGACCCCCUGCCCUCUAAAUUGUGUGAGCUUUGACACUGAGGGUGGUCUGCUGGCAGUGGGCUGCUGGGAUGGAGCGGUGCGAGUGUGGGACUGGAUCAAACAGGAGAAAUGGACGACUCUCUCGGGUCAUCACUCGUCGGUGCGCAGUGUGUCUUUCUCUCCCUCCUUUUCUCUGCUGUGUUCUGGUGCUCUGGAUGGGGAGGUGUUGCUGUGGUCGUUUCCUGGCUCGGCCUGUGUGGGGCGCUAUCAGGCUCACCGCGGCUCCACCGAGGCCCUGAGCUUCCUGCCUGGAGGAGGAACUCUACUGACCGCUGGACACGACGGCAUGGUUCAGUUGUGGUCAGGAGGUCUUGGACGCUCUGUUUCAGUGCUGGGGGAGGAAAAGAAACUUUUAAAGCCGGCUGUGUCCAGAAAUGCGGUAGUAGCCAAGGAUGCUGCCCUCUCUGUGGCUGUAGCUAACGGGUACGCUGCUGUGGGUUACCAUGGGGACGGCCUGAAACUGUUCAACCUGGAGUCAGGUGAGAGAGUGUGGUCCACUGAGAAUCUGCGGGUAUCCGUGCCUUGUCUGCUGUGGCUGGAGACUGAGAGAGCAGAGCUGCUGCUGUCUGGGGCUUUAGACCACUGUCUACGGCUGUGGAGCAGGCAAGGGGCAGAUAUGACCCUCAAAGGGGCUUUUGGGGUCCAGAAGGGCGGAAUCCUUGCCUUGGCCCAAAACCCCACUUACAUCGCCUCUGCCUCAGAUGACUUCACCAUCGCUCUGUGGCUGAAGAGCGACUUGAUCUCUGACCCCUGGGUUCAGCCCAGUGCAGUUAGUGUUCUGAGGGGUCACAGUGGAGGAGUCACAUGCUUGGCCUUCAGUCCAGAUGGAGACCAGUUACUGUCCGGAGGGAAAGACAAGGCUCUGAUGGUGUGGACGGUGAACUCUUCUCCUCCGGUUCUUUCUCGUUCUCUGGCCCAUUGCCAUGGAGACUGGAUCACCGGAUGUGCCUGGACGCCGGCAGCUUUACUGACCUGCUCCAGUGACUGCAGGCUGCGUCUGUGGGACGUCCAGACUGGACGCUGCCUCAGAGAAGUUUCAGCUGCUUCCUCUCUCAGCACACUGAGCUACUGGGAGGAUUAUGUAAUGCUGGGCUGCGCUGAUGGUCUGCUGAUGGUGUGGAAAUCAGAUGUAGGAGUCAUCGCCGAGAUCCAGGCUCACCAGUCCCGCCUCCACCACAGCACUGUCAUCACUAAACCAGCUGGUGAUCGGAAGGUGGAGGAGUUAGUGAUGGCCACAGCCUCUGAGGACGGAACUGUAAAGCUUUGGCUCCCCCUGCAGGUUCAGCACCGUAGCACUCUGCUUGGCCACAGUGGGGCUGUCCAGGCUUUGGUGAGUGGACAAGGCCCGCAGUUCCUCACCGUGUCCGAGGACCGCUCCCUCAGAGCCUGGAGCGUUCAUACAGAGAAUCCUCCUCUGCAGGCGGAGGGUGUGACUGUGGUGUGCUUUGUGGAGUCGGAGGAGCUGCUGGUGUGCGGCUACAGCUCAGGCAGGCUGGAGAUUUGGCACCACACCUCACUGCUUUACGCCGAUAAGGUAAAUGAGAGCCGUAUUCGAGCAGUGACCGGUAUGCCGGAUAGUCAGCUGGCCGUGGGCUGCAGUGACUGCUCUGUGACUGUGUUUAAACUGGAGAGAGACUAUGAACGCUGUACUGUUGGGCUGUCUAAAAUGUCAUCGUACAUGUUGAACAGUAAUGUGAAUUUCCUGCUUUACUGCACUGCUUUGCUGGGAGUGUGUGUGGACUCCACCGUCAUCGACGUCUUCUCCACAGUCACACAGCAUCGCAGACAACUUGAAAACUUCAGACACACCAAGCGAGUUUUGGGACUUUAUAAGAACGAUGAAAACGGCCUGUGGCUGCUGGGAGAGGAAGAAAACAACAUGACGAUUUCCUUUGUGUUGUGUGCAGGACCGGAAUUAUCGCUGCAGUACUGUGAUGAGAGGGUGAGAGUGGGAGAUGAGGACAGUGACGUUGAAGAAGAAGAAGAAGGACAACAGGAGGCAGAGAAAGAGUCCGAGGAAAAUCCAGAGAAGCAGUCUUACAGCAUCACAGCUGCUGCCAUGGAUAAGGAGUUUAUCGUGUGUGGGGACUGUAAGGGGAACAUGUGGUUCAACCAGGUUUGGAACACAGCGAGAUGGAGUCCAAGAAGACCAGCUCACAGUGACCGAAUCAGCGCGUUGAGGUUGACAGACCGCACCAUCAUCUCCGCCUCUCACGACAACACCGUCAAAGUGUGGGACAGAAACACCAAGAAACAGGUGGGCCUGUUCGUGUGUGCCGCUCCGGUGGAGGUGAUGGCGCUGGACCCAGCUGACCCCUGCAGGCUGGUGUGUGGUGAUGCUUUGGGGCAGCUGUACAUCCUGUCCUGGAAAGGAUAAUAAACAUCUUAUUACCCCAACCAUCCAAUUGGAAUCCCAAAAUCUUUUAGUUUUAGCACUCCAAGGUAUGGGUGGUGGAGCUGAACACUACAGUGAUGUUUACACGCUCAUGUGUCUGUGCUCACUAUAGCGCCUUAUGACAUGUUAUAUUAAAGACAUAUUUUUGAUUAUGUAAUACUGUGAUGAUGCUGUUCUUGCUCAAAGCAUUUAAUUAAAGGAAUGUAAUUCUAAAGUGGGGAUGGAGUUUUUUGCUUGUUUUGCCCUAAAACUGUAAGAAAUAAGGGAUUUUUGAAGUUCUUCUCUGUUCGUGCCUCAGAGCGAAUAGGUGUUGUUUAAAUGAAUUGUUUGUUGAUUUUGCCUGCUUUUAUUUUGAUAUCAUAUAAAGUACAGUAUGUUGAG